AACACCAUGUGCUGCGCGCUGCUGCCGUUUUGCUUCCUAUUCAGCAAACUCGCCGAUUAUGCUGCUUCGGGCUACCUCACGGUCAGUAUUGAACCUCUUCCGCCCGUGGUCGUGGGCGACGCCGUUACCCUGAAAUGUAACUUCAAGACCGACGGCAGAAUGAGAGAAAUCGUCUGGUAUCGGGUAACAGACGGUGGCACCAUCAAACAGAAAAUCUUCACCUUCGAUGCCAUGUUCUCCACCAACCAGUCACACAUGGAGAACUACCGUAAGAGGGAAGACCUGGUCUACCAGUCCACAGUGAGGCUUCCCGAAGUCCGAAUUUCGGACAACGGACCGUAUGAAUGUCACGUGGGGAUUUACGAUCGGGCGACGCGUGAGAAAGUGGUCCUAGCCUCGGGCAACAUCUUUCUCAACGUGAUGUCGCCUCCCACAUCCAUCUCGGUCAUUGCUGCGGAUACCCCAGCUCCGUUCAGCCGCUACCAAGCCCAGAAUUUUACCUUGGUCUGCCUUGUCUCUGGUGGAAAACCUGCCCCCACGGUUUACUUUAAAAGAGACGGAGAAUUGAUACAGGGUAUCGCUCUGACGGAACCGCCGGUCAACGCCGCCGGGUUGCAGGACAGCCGAGCUGCCCGGAACCUCUUCCAUCGGGAUUUAGACGACACCAAGAUGCAGCGGUCGCUCUCGCUGCUGAACGUGGAGGACCGGGGUGGGAGGCUCUACACCGAGGACCCCUUCCAAGGCCUCACCCCUGACCGGGGACUGUUGCUCAGACCCACCACCGAGAAUAUCCCUGAGACUGUGGUGAGCCGGGAGUUCCCGCGGUGGAUCCAGAACGCCGAUCCCACGUAUUUCUUCCACCACACCCACAUCCCUAUCAGCGACGGCACCGUGGAGGUGCGGGCCAUGCUUAUGUGGACCCUUAAUCCUCAGAUAGACAAUGACGCUCUCUUUAGUUGUGAGGUCAAGCACGAGGCCCUCUCUAUGCCCAUGCAGUCCGAAGUGACUCUAGUGGCUCCAAAGGGUCCCAAAAUUUUGAUGACCCCAACAAGAGCCCGCGUUGGAGACACAGUCCGUAUCCUGGUCCAAGGGUUUCAGAAUGAAGUCUUCCCCGAGCCCAUGUUCACUUGGACCCGUGUCGGGAGCCGGCUCCUGGACGGCAGCACCGAACACGACGGAAAGGAGCUGGUGUUGGAACGCGUGCCGGCCGAACUGAACGGCUCGAUGUACCGCUGCACGGCGCAGAACCCUUUGGGCUCCACCGAUACCCACACCAGGCUGAUAGUGUUCGAAAACCCCAAUAUUCCAAGAGGAACAGAAGACUCCAACGGUUCGACGAGUCGCCAGUGCAGCUUCAGACUAUUUCUGGCUAUCUUCUUUACAGUCACUUUGGAACUGACGUGAAAGGAAAGCGGGUGCAUUUUAGAAAUCUGGGUUCUCCUCUCUCCCCCCGCCCCCA